UUCAGUUCUAUCUAUUUUAAAGACCACAGUGAAUGUUCUUUAUAUUUUUUUCAUUAAAAAAAAAAAUACUAAAAAUCAAAAAGUUUCAAAUUCCCACCACAAAAUUAAAAAAAAAUGGGAUUAAUUCUAUAUGGAAUUAUUUUAAUUCCAACAUUAAUUAUAACAGCUCUUUAUUUUUAUAUGACACGUAAUUUUAAUUAUUGGAAGAAAAAAAAUGUUGUUGAAAUUCCUCCAGUUCCAUUUGUUGGAAAUUUGGGAAAAUAUUUAACAUAUCAAAAAUCCCCGGGAGCAUUACUUAAAUAUUUUUAUGAUCAAGGAAAAAAUGAACCUUAUGUGGGAAUUUAUCUUUUAGAUAAACCAUGCCUAGUGAUACGCGAUCCAGAAAUAUUAAAACGUAUUUUAAUAAAAGAUUUUAAUUCAUUUUCGGAUAAAUUAAUGCGAUCAAGUGAACACGAUUUAAUAAGUAAUAAUUCAAUUUUUUUCAUUGAAAAUCCCGAUUGGAAAUAUGUGAGACAAAAAUUAACAACAUUAUUUACAACGGGAAAAAUGAAAUAUAUGUUUGAUAUUGUUCAAGAAGUGGGAAAAGAUUUAAAUGAUUAUUUAGAUUCCCUGCAAUUGGAAGGACCUGGCAAAGAAGUAAAUGUAAAAGAUAUUGCGGGUAAAUUUACAACCGAUUUAAUUGGACUUGGAACUUUUGGUUUACGUUUAAAUAGUUUAAAAAAUCCUGAGGCAGAAUUUCGAAAAUUUGGCGAACAAAUAUUUCCAACGUUUAAUAUUAAACGUGCUCUUGAACUUGCGACUAUUUGGUUAGCGCCUCAUUAUUCAACACUAUUUGGUUCACGAUUUUUUGGCGAAGGAACGUGUAAUUUUUUUCGUAAGGCCUUUCAAGAAAUUUUUCAAAAACGCAUUGAAUCAGGAGUAAAACACAAUGAUUUUGUUGAUUUAAUGAUUCAUCUCAAGGAACAGGAAAAAAAUAAUCCUGAUGGUCAUGAUUAUAAAUUUGAAGGCGAUAAUAUAAUAGGCCAGGCGCUUGCACUUUUUGUUGCUGGUUACGAGACAGCCUCAGUAGUUAUGGGAUUUUGUUUAUUUGAAUUAGCGAAACAUCCUGAAAUGCAAUUAAAAAUGCGAGAUGAAAUUAAGAAAACAAUGGAAAAAAAUAAUGGAGAAAUAACAUACGAUAUGGUGACUGAAAUGCCAUAUUUGGAUAUGUUUAUUUUUGAAACUUUGCGAAUGUAUCCAACAUUGCCAAUGAUUGAUAGAAGAGCAGUGCGUGAUUAUAAAAUUGAAGAAACUGGAUUGUUAAUUGAAAAAGGCACACCAAUAUUAAUAUCAUCGCUUGGUUUUCAUUAUGAUCCAAAAUAUUAUCCAAAUCCACAUAUAUUUGAUCCAGAAAGAUUUUCAAGCGAGAACAAAGCAAAAAUGAAUCCAAAUGUUUUCCUCUCUUUUGGUGUUGGCUCACGAAAUUGCAUUGGAACACGACAGGGACUUUUACAAACGAAACUUGGAUUAAUUUUCAUUAUUUCGAGAUUUGAGGUUUCAUUAUUAAGAAAUACAACAAUUGAAUUUGAAAAAUUAUCAAUUCUAAGUUCUUCAAAGGGUGGUUUAUUUUUAAAUAUUCGUAAACUCGAGGAUGAUAAUAAUUUCUACGUUCAAAUUUUGAAGUUCAUUCAUUGUAUUAGGAAACAAAAUAGUAAAUACACGUUUUUUUUUAAAUUCUUGACAAUUAGUGCUUAUCCUCAUUUUUUUUUUUUUUUUUUCAAUACACUUGAAGAAGAUUCAUUGAAGAAAGCAACAAUGGAAUUAUCAUGGAUUUUAUACGGAGUGAUUAUUUUACCAAUAUUAUUUAUAACAAUUCUCUAUUUUUAUAUGACGAGAAAUUUUAAAUAUUGGAAAAAACGUGACGUUAAAGAAAUUACACCAACACCAUUUGUUGGGAGUUUUGGAAAAUAUUUUAAACGUGAAAAAUCACCUGGUUCAUUGUUUAAAUAUUUUUAUGAUCAAAGUGAAGGUCUACCUUAUGUGGGAAUUUAUAUUUUGGAUAAACCAUGUCUAUUGAUACGUGAUCCUGAAUUAUUGAAAUUAAUUUUAAUAAAAGAUUUUAAUUAUUUUUCGGAUAAAUUUAUGCAUUCAAGCAAAAAUGAUAUUGUCAGCAAUAAUAGUUUAUUUUUCAUUGAAAAUCCCUAUUGGAAAUAUAUAAGACAAAAAUUUACUGGUCUAUUUACAACUGGAAAAAUGAAGAGUAUGUUUGAUAAUGUGCGAGAAGUGGGUAAUGAUCUUGAUGAUUAUUUGGAUUCCCUUGAGUUGGAAGGUUCUGGAAAACCGAUAAACAUAAAAGAUCUCGCUGGUAAAUUUACAACCGAUUUAAUAGGACAAGCAACGUAUGGAUUAAAAUUAAAUAGUUUAAAAGAUCCAAAUGCAGAAUUUCGUAAAUUUGGAAAAGCAAUGUUUGGCACUUAUAAUUUUCAAAGAGCCAUUGAACUCGCAACUGUUUGGCUUGCGCCGGAUUAUACAAAUUUGUUUGGUUUUCGAUUUUUUCUAGAAAGUGCUGCAAAUUUUUUUCGAACAGCUUUUCAAGAUAUUUUAGAUGAACGUAAAAAAUCGAAAUUAAAUCGAAACGAUUUUAUUGAUUUGAUGAUUCAACUACGAGAUAAUGAGAACAAUAAUUCAAAUUCAAAUGGAUUUAAAUUUGAAGGCGACAAUUUAUUAGCCCAAGCUCUUACGAUAUUUGCAGCCGGUUACGAUACAUCGUCGUCAACAAUGAGUUUUGCAUUAUUUGAAUUGGCAAAAAAUCGAGAAAUGCAAUCGAAAUUAAGAGAAGAAAUAAAUGGAGCUAUUAAAAAAAAUAAUGGACAAAUAACAUAUGAAAUGACAACAGAUUUGGAAUAUCUGGAUAUGAUAGUUUCUGAAACUCUUCGAAUGUAUCCGACGUUACCAUUUAUCGAUCGUAAAACGACAAAAAAUUAUAAAAUUGAAGAAACUGGACUUAUUAUUGAAAAAGGAACGCCAAUUUUAAUUCCAAUGCUUGGCUUUCAUUAUGAUGAGAAAUAUUUUCCCAAUCCCUACAAUUUUAAUCCAGAAAGAUUUUCAAGUGAUAAAAAAUCGUCGAUUAAUCCCUAUGUUUAUCUUCCAUUUGGAAUUGGUGCAAGAAAUUGUAUUGGAAUGCGACAAGGUCUCUUACAAACAAAACUUGGGAUAAUUUUCAUUAUUUCAAGAUUUGAGGUGUCGUUGUUAGAAAAUACUUGUAUAAAAUUUGAUAAAUUAUCAGUGCUCAGUUCAUCGAAAGGGGGUUUAUUUUUAAAUGUCCGAAAACUUGAUGUAAAGAACUGAAUUUUUUUUUUAUAAUUUUAAGGAAAAAUUAUAUUUUAUGGCUAAUAAAAAAAAAAGAAUUUAGUUGUGAAUAA